CAUUAUAUUAUUUAUCUUUGUGUCUUAGCAGGAGCUUGAGAAUAUCGCCAUCACAAUGAAGUGUUUGUUUGUUUUAAGUUCGGUUAUAAUAGCCACUAUUCUAAUCCAACCAGUUGCCUCAUCGUGUACUGCUGGUCCUAUCAAUCUUAAUGUAGACGAUAAUGGUAAAAUAGACCAAUACUGUGACGGACCAAACGGACGAAUGGAAGUCGGCGAAACCUUAAGACAUGAUUGUACUGAUUGUAGCUGUACUAAAAAUGGUUUAUCAUGUUGUGGAGUUGGAUACAGAGGAGGAGCUUUUCACGUCGAAGGAUGCGAAAUGAAAAGUGAAACUGACACAUGCUGUUACCAAUUCUUUAAAACUGAUAACCCAAAUGAAUCAUGUACAGAGAAAUCUUGUCCUAAUUAAAAUAUUAAAAUAAAUUCCGUUAAAACUUU